CCGUUACGUCUUCUUUAAGUUGUAUGUUAAAAUGUCUCCACCAUUAAUAGCAGCCACAACACACACAGAGGCACAGAGAGGGGGAGAGAGAAAAACGAAGACAAUUUUCGUGCUGUUGUUUGAUUACUUGGAAAGACGGUAGAGAAUCCGCAAGUCAGAUUCAUUCUGUGUUUUCAGUCUUAAGCCCAAAACUUUUGCUCACUAUUCCCAUGCAUCAGAUCCAUUGACCGUUUUCUCUCUGUUUUCUCUCUCUCUAAUGUAGAGAGAGAAAGAAAAGAAAAAAGGGAUAGACUUAGACCCAGUUGCCAUUUCCGACCCACCAUGCCAUUGAAGUCCAUCAACACCUUCACCGUCGUCUUUAUGUUCAGCUUCGCUUUCUUGAUCCUCUUCUUUUCUGGCUUUCUCGAAUUCCCUUCUGCACCCCCCUCAUUCAGACCCACCACCGCAGCCGCCAUUAACGAUCUCACUCUUUCUGUUGGCAAAUCGCCGCCUGACCCGUUUAUUGAUUUGGUCGGUGCCUUUAAGAAAUGGGAUUCCCAAGUGGGCUGUGCUUGGUUUAGAGAGAAACACAGGGGGUUGAUCCAGAACCAGAACAACCACCGGUCAAACGGGUCUUCUUCUUUGCAAGAAGAUGGUGGUGAUUGUGGUGGUGUUGGGGAGUUGAAGCUCAAUCAUGUUAGUGUUUUGGUGAAAGGUUGGACUUGGAUUCCUGAUAAUUUGGAUAAUUUGUAUUCGUGUCCUUGUGGGUUGAGCUGUUUGUGGACUAAAUCUCCUGUUCUUGCUGACAAGCCUGAGGCCCUGUUAUUUGAGACCACUACACCUCCACUUCAGAGACGCGAUGGAGAUCCACUUCGUGUAUACAUGGAUCUUGAGGCUGGCAGGAAGCGAUCCGGUCUUGAGGAUAUUUUCAUUAGUUAUCAUGCCAAAGAUGAUGUACAAGUUACCUAUGCUGGUGGACUGUUUCAUAAUGGUCGAAAUUAUCAUGUUUCUUCCUAUAAGAACAAUGAUACGCUCGUUUAUUGGUCAUCGUCACGUUGUCUUCCUCAAAGAAAUCAGCUUGCCAAGAAGCUUCUGAGCUUGCUGCCUCAUCAUUCAUUUGGUAGGUGCUUAAACAAUGUUGGCGCCCGAGACAUGGCCAUUUCUUUCUAUCCCAAGUGUGCCAACGAUGCCAAUAUGAUCCCAAAAUGGUGGGAUCAUUUACAUUGUGCCAUGUCUUACUAUAAGUUUGUCCUCGCGAUUGAGAACACAAUGACAGAAAGUUAUGUUACGGAGAAACUAUUUUAUGCAUUAGACUCCGGUGCAGUUCCUAUAUACUUUGGUGCACCUAACGUCUGGGACUUUAUCCCUCCACAUUCGAUCAUUGAUGGGACAAAAUUCAGCUCCGUGGAGGAAUUGGCUUCCUAUGUCAAAGCCCUAGCUAAUGAUCCAGUCGCCUAUGCAGAGUACCAUGCAUGGAGAAGAUGUGGUGUAUUAGGAAACUAUGGAAAGACCCGUUCAGCAAGCCUUGAUACAUUGCCAUGCAGAUUGUGUAAGGAGGUCAGCAGAAGAGGUGGGAGAAAUGCAAGAGCUUAGUAAUAUAUAAGUUUGUUACAUUUAAUUUUGAUUCUUUCUCAUUUUAGUGUUUCCAGGAUUAGCAUUUUAUAUCCUAUAUCUAAAGGUGUACACAGGAAAGAGCAACUUACUGUAUAAAGAAACUAAUGAACUCUGGGUGGAUUAUACAGUUGAGAAUUGUCAGAUUUUUCACUCUGAUCAAACGAAAAUCCAUAUCUCAAGUCUCCUUUAGAGUUUCACUUUU